CUUCCGGUGAAGAGCCUCGUUUUGGGGUUGUUAGGAAUGCAAAAUUUGAAAAUUACUUUGGAGAUUCUACGAUAUGAAGCUAAGGUGAAGUAAUGGCUGCAACAUCUCCCAUAGUGACAUUAUGGGUCAAGAGUGAACCAUUUAGUUUUGGAGCUCUUCCCGUAGCCCCGCAUCCCCGUCUCUCAGUCCAUAACAUCAAGAAGAUUGUCACAUAUGCCAAGACAAAGGGACAUCUUGGGUUCCCAAAGCUGAGUUAUUCUGUGUGGAAGCAUAUUGCUUGUAACAAACUCCAGCUAUCUGAUGAUAUAGCAUGGCUAUAUUUCCAAACAUGUGACCUAGUCUCAAAUUCAUCGUCAGAACAGUGGCCUGACUGGGAUAAACAAUACUCCAAAGCUUCAAAUCCAGUAGAAAUAGAGCAAUGUCGCAAUGGUGUUACCGUGGAUACACUGAAGUUUGUGUUGUUUCUGUUCAUACAACAUCUACACAAGAUCUCCCUCAGAUCAUCCCUAGUGGUGGAGGAAUGGCCUAUGAGGGCCAAGUCCCCAGAUUUGGAGGGUAGGAACACUCCCACUGGAUCAAAGACAAUGGAUGAACACAGUCAUUUAACAUUUGUGAUGAACCACUUGAAUGAUAUAAUGGAGCUACUGGUUGAACCAGAUUCAUAUGGUGGUUCCGCAUCAGUGAAUGAUCUCAACUUGAGCAUAGAAGCUAUGGAGGCUUUGGGUUUUAUAAUAUCUGGCUCUAUAGAUAGGAACAGGAGUAGCAAGCCCUUACAUGAGAUUGCUCUGCUGCAACAAAUACAGGCCAAAUCUGGAUACUCCAAGAUCUCACGAACAUUCUCAUUUCGAACACUGCAAUCCUGGCUCCGCUCUACCAUUGGACAGAACCCUUUUGGAAUCUCCAGUUGUAUUGCCAGCGGGCGGAGGUUGUCUUGGCCAAUGGCAGCUGAAGAGAAAGAAGGGAGAGCUUCUGAAGUGAGUCAUACAAAACACAGAGGGAAGAUUGCCACAAAUGCACACUUUGUUCCAAGACAUCAAAUUAAAGCGAACAAGUUGAUCAUCAUGUCUCAAGUCUGCAAAGAAACAAUAGCUAGAAGUUCGGGUACAUUGGAAAAUGC